AUGGCAAGGAUUUCCGAGGCCAUCAAGGAGGACCAUGCGCAAGUGAGGCGCGCCUUCCACCGCCUUUCCGAGACGGAGCCCGAGCUCCGCAAGCCCAACGACGUGACGGGAUUCGUCUGGGCCCUGGAACGCUACCUGAUUGCCGAGCAUCUCGUCGUCACGCCGGCCCUCGAGUACCACGUGGCAAAUGGCGGCGACAGGCACCGUCGGCUCUCCAGCGACCAUGACAGCAUGAACCAAAAACUGAAGCACAUGCUGGUGUUCGACCCGGCCGAGGCAAGCUUCGAUGCCUCACUAAUGGCCAUCUGGGUCGACCUCGAUCCACACAUCAACGAAGAGACGAGCAGCGACCUGGUGCAGCUGGAAGAGAGCAUGUCGCAGGCUGCCUCCGAGGCCCUGCGAAGCAGGUACGCUGCAAUCAAGAGCCUCUUGCAGAAGCCGUACGGCAGCGGCGGGGUGCCAGACGCACAAGCGCUGUUGGCCAUUUUGGAGAUGCCGCGCGAGGACCUGAUGGCUGCCAUCGGCUUGCCCAGCCUGUGA